AUGGCUCGCCGGCUCACACAGUAUCUGAUGACCAACAAGUACAUAGAUACGAGUGUUCAGAAGGGUGAUAUUCCAGGCGUUCCUGGGUGCCUUGAACACGCGACCAUGAUCUGGGAGGCUAUCCAGAGAGCCAAGCAUGAGAGAACCGAUUUGCAGGUUAUAUGCGAGGAGUCUGCCCGCACGAUCCUGAAAAGAUUGGACGCGGUGGUCCAAUGGAGCG